AUAAUGGUCACACACACGCGCAUUGUAGUUUGUUUUUGGAAUUUACGAAACGCGCUAAUGAGCUUAGCUUCAGUUAUCCACCACCACGGAGUCCUCUCCCCGGCGAAACCGGAUCGAAUCUUCUUAAACAUUCCGGUGAUCCCGCCGCAUCGUCUCCGAGCUCGUGGAUGGACUCAGUCUCCUCUCUCUCUCCUCGCAAAUCCUUCUCUCGUUUCAGCUGCGAAUCAUCGCCUCCUUCACAUUGCGUGCGCCCGAGGAACUGAUCAGGAAGAUGAUCUUUCUUCUUCUCCAGAGAAGGAGAAGAUAGAUCUUCUACCACACAAAGAUGAAGAUAAAGGCCUGAGAGAUUAUAAUAAUAAUAAUCGACAAGAAGAGACAAACAAAACUUCCUUCAGCACUGUUGCCUUGUGUGUAAGCACUGCCGUGGCGUUUGGGAUCGGGAUAGGUUUCAAGGAUGGUGUUGGCAAGGCGUCAGAGUUUUUUGCAGGCUAUUUAUUGGAGCAAAGCUUGUCAGUGGACAACUUGUUUGUUUUUGUACUCGUCUUCAAGUACUUCAAAGUGCCACUCAUGUACCAGAAUCGGGUGCUUACAUAUGGUGUAGCUGGUGCAAUUCUCUUUCGCUUCUCGCUCAUAUUACUAGGAACAGCCACUCUUCAGAGAUUUGAAGCCGUGAAUCUUCUGCUUGCGGCAGUACUCUUAUAUUCGUCUUUCAAGUUAUUUUCAAGUGAAGAAGAUGAUACAGAUCUAUCUGACAACUUCAUUGUGAAGACAUGCCAGAGAUUUAUUCCUGUCACAUCAAGUUACGAUGGAAAUAGGUUUUUCACAAAGAAUGAUGGCAUUUGGAAAGCCACACCAUUGCUACUCACAGUAGCAGUAAUCGAGCUCAGCGACAUAGCAUUUGCUGUUGACUCAAUACCAGCUGUUUUUGGCGUCACAAGGGAUCCUUUUAUAGUCUUGACCUCUAAUCUGUUUGCAAUCAUAGGACUGAGGUCUCUCUAUACUUUGAUUUCUGAAGGAAUGGGCGAGCUGGAAUACUUGCAGCCAUCAAUAGCAGUUGUUCUUGGCUUCAUCGGAUUCAAGAUGAUCCUCGAUUUCUUUGGCUUCCAUGUAUCGACGGAGGCAUCACUUGGUGUUGUGGCACUCUCUCUCAGCACCGGAGUUUUGUUGAGCCUAACAAACAAAUCCGGCGACAGCUAACUAAGAGAAUGGGGAAGAGCUUCCAGAUGUAGUCAAUCAAACAGUUCAUAAGAACAAAAUCGCAUUGUUCAUUAAAUCAUUCCACAGAUAUGUUGCUGUAGAUACAACACAGCUGCAGAGAACAAGAUCUUUAGACCCAAACUUAAUAUAUUUUGUCUGUAAGAAUGUUGGCUUUGUUAGUCUGGCUAUGGAACGAAUUGAUUGUUUUGAGACGAGUUGACUCUUCUUUGAUAGCCAAGUCAUUUUGUUGCUCAA